ACUAAUUAAGGGGUGGGGAAAAGGGUAAUAAUAUGAUGGCAAAUUGAAAUUGAAAUUGAAAUUGAGAUUAUAAAUAGCCUGUAAUAUUUCUGAAGUGGCACUGCGAAUAAGUGAGUAAGCAAUUAGAUUAGUAUUAUUAAGUAAUGUAUUCAGGCUUUCAUCAAAGUGGGCCUACACAAGGCACCUAUGUCUAUGGUUGUGCUUCUAGUGGAAAUGGAGGUAGUGCUAGUUUCUCAUUUCAGGGGGUUCCUAGGCACUAUGGCCAAUUCCAUCAGCAAUCACAUUCUCAACACCAAUACUAUAAUCCAUUUGAACAAUUUGGUGCUCAGAGAUAUAGAGGUGCUGGUCCACAAUUCAGUUGGGGCCAUGCAAGAGAACAUGUACAUCCACACUCACAUGCACAUGCACAUGCACAUCAUGAGAGAUACCAUGGUGAGGGUCGCAGACGUGAGCAGGAAAGACAAAGAGCUGAAAGAGAAGCCAGAGAAGCCAGAGAAGCUAGAGAAGCUAGAGAAGCUAGAGAAGCUAGAGAAGCAGCUAGAGAGUCUAGAGAAGCAGCUAGAAGAGCUAGAGAGAAUCAGCAAAUAUUGGAACGGGAAGUAAUACGUAAGAUAGAACAACAAAGACGUGAGUUGGAAAGACAACGAUACCAAAGACAACGGGACUUGCAAAGACAGGAGUUAGAAAGAAGGAGAGUUGAUAGAGAAAAGCAAGCAGAAUUUCAAAGGGAAUACAGACAUGGUCGAAGAUCGCUGAUUAGAAGCCAAUCUAGGUCUGCUCAGUUUAAAGGAUUCUUUGAACGAAUGGAAGAGAUUACCAAAGUUAACGAUUUCUUGACUAAUCUUCAGACUUAUCCAGCUCCAGUUUCUACUAGAAUUCUUCGAACAAACGAUGAGUUUGUGUAUGAAAUCCAUGAUAACAGUAAUCAAGAUUUCUUAUUUGAAGUAAAUAAUAGAAUUUUUAACAGACCAAUCUUAUCUAUCAAAUCAAGAGAUGGUCACUUUAAGCAUACGUUAAACAGACGACUUUGGACAAAGAGAACAGCCGGUGAUGGAGAAAUUUAUUACAGGAUAGUUAUGCAUGUUCCUAUAAAUGCAAGUGGCGAUGAGCAGGAGAAUUCCAACGAGGAUGAAGAGCCAAAUGAAAAUGAAGUAGAAAAUGAAGCUGAAGAGUUAUCGGAGGAAGAUGAGACUGAAGAUUUUGAUUCUGGUGAAGAAACGCCUAGUGAAGAUGAAGAUGAAGAUGAGAAGGACUUAGACGUGGAGGAAGAAGAAGAGUCGAAAUCAGAAAAGAGCUCAUCUAGAGGAUAUACUCCAUCUCUUGAAGAAGUUCCUGAUGAUUCUCUUUCUGAUUGAUUACAUACUAUAUAAACUAUAAAAACUAUACAUACAAUAUAUGAGAUUUUAGAAAUAACAUACUAUAUAAACUUGUA